AUGACAAAUAUGUCUGGAGGGCUGUGGUCCAAGGCCAUUUUUGCUGGCUAUCAGUGGGGUCUACGGAACCUGAGGGAGCACGCACCUCUCCUGCAAACUGAAGGUGUAUAUGCUCGAGAUGAAACCAAAUUCUAUGUAGGCAGGAGAUGUGCUUAUGCGUACAAAGCAAAGAACACAGUGAUUCCUGGUGGAAAACCUAACAAAACCAGAGUAAUCUGCGGAAAGAUAACUCGCGCUCGUGAAAACAGUGGCAUUUGUGCCAAAUUCCGAAGCAACCUUCCUGCUAAGGCCGCUGGACGCAGAAUCCGUGUGAUGUUGUACACUUCAAGGAUUUAA